GCUUAGAAAAUUGUAAGGUCAUUUGAAUUACGUGCGCCAGCGAGGUGAUCGGCCACAAUGAUCUCAGAAAGGCUGUCGGCGGCGGGAUGAUGAGGAUCGCGGGGUCAAAGUCGACGCGCACCGUCACGCGAAUCUGACUCCCGAUCGGCCGGAGGAGAGGAGCAGCGGCUCAGUGUGGCACUUACCCAGAGGAGGGGGGAUCCCGGUGCGUGCGUCUCUGUCCGUGUGAGCCUCUGUGGAGCCAGGCGAGCGGCUGUGAGAGGCGGAGGGGGCGAACCGCGCUAACGUGUAAGCCGAUCAAGGUGGAAUCGCACACAACGAAUUUACGCGUCAGGGGAUUUCUGCGCACAUACAUGCUGUGACGGUGCGAGUCCAGUGCAAGGAUGAUGCGUCUAGGGUGCUGCACAGCCCUGCUGUUUGUGCUGAGGCUGCUGGUGGGCUUGCCCUGGUACCAGGUUCUGCCGGCCAUCCUGAUCUUCUAUCUGGGAAGCGGAGGAUGGAGCUUCCUGCAGAUUUUUGCCAAAACUAUCGGCAGAGACUUACAUGCGGCGAGUGUGUUGUUGCGUGUGAAGAUGAACGUCAGACGUCACCUCAAACAGAAGAACACCCUUCCCAAGAUCUUUGCUGAGACAGUGCGUCGCCAUGGUGACAAGACAGCGCUCAUCUUCGAGGGGACGGGGGAGAAGUGGACCUUCCGAGAGUUGGACGAGUACUCCAACCGAGUGGCUAACCUGCUGCUACAGCGGGGUUUCAAGGAGGGUGAUGUGGUGGCCCUCUUCAUGGAGAACAGGCCCCAGUACGUGGGCCUCUGGCUGGGCAUGGCCAAGAUUGGAGUAGAGGCCGCUCUCAUCAACUUCAAUCUGAGACUAGAGGCCUUGGUCCACUGUGUCACCAUCUCCAAUGCCAAGGCUGUGGUCUUUGGCGCCGAGCUGACUGAUGCUGUUUGCGAGGUCCACAGUUCAAUGGGGAAGACGGUGCAGACGUUCUGCUCCGGAGACUGGGACCCCAAACGAGUCCCACAGGGCACCGAGUGCCUCGAGCCCCUGCUGGCUGCGGCCCCGUCCCACCUGCCCAGCCGGCCCCAACGCUGCUUCACAGAUCGCCUAUUCUACAUCUACACAUCAGGAACCACUGGGAUGCCGAAAGCUGCCAUUGUCGUGCACAGCAGGUACUACCGCAUGGCAGCUCUGGUGUAUUACGGCUUCAGGAUGACGUCAGACGAUGUGCUGUAUGAUUGUCUUCCACUCUACCACUCUGCAGGAAACAUUGUGGGAGUGGGCCAGUGUUUGAUCCAUGGCAUGACCGUAGUCAUCAGAAAGAAGUUCUCUGCCUCGCGUUUCUGGGACGACUGUGCCAAAUACAACUGCACUAUUGUGCAGUACAUUGGCGAGAUCUGCAGAUACCUGUUGAACCAGCCAGUGCGGGACACAGAGAAGCGCCAUCGGGUGCGCAUGGCGCUGGGUAACGGCCUUCGCCAGAGCAUAUGGGAGGAGUUUAUGAGCCGCUUCAACAUCCCGCAGAUUGCAGAGUUCUACGGAGCCACAGAGUGCAAUUGCAGCCUGGGCAACUUCGAUAACAAGGUCGGAGCCUGUGGCUUCAACAGUCAGAUUUUACCCUUCAUCUACCCCAUCCGACUGGUGAGGGUUGAUGAAGAGACCAUGGAGCUCAUUAGGGGGCCUGACGGCGUCUGCAUUCCCUGUAAACCUGGCGAACCUGGCCAGCUCGUAGGCAGGAUCAUUCAGAACGACCCCCUCAGGAGGUUUGAUGGCUACGUCAACCAAACGGCAACCAGCAAGAAGAUUGCUCACAGUGUCUUCAAGAAGGGAGACAGUGCCUAUCUCUCUGGCGAUGUGUUGAUCAUGGACAUAUACGGCAGCAUGUACUUCAAGGACCGGACAGGAGACACUUUCCGCUGGAAAGGAGAGAACGUCUCCACGACUGAGGUGGAGGGAACGCUCAGCAGGCUGCUAGAAAUGAAAGAUGUAGUCGUGUACGGCGUGGAAGUACCAGGAGCAGAGGGAAAGGCUGGCAUGGCAGCCAUCGCUGAUCCGUCAAACAACACCGACCUGGAGAAGUUUGUGAAGGACAUGGAGAAGACGCUGCCUCCGUACGCCAGACCCGUGUUCCUCCGCUUCCUGCCAGAGGUCAACAAGACAGCAACAUUUAAGUUUCAGAAGACGGACAUGCGUAGGGAUGGAUUUGAUCCGAGCGCGGUGUCGGACAGACUCUACUUCAUGGAUUCCAGCAGAGGGCGCUAUGUGCGGCUGGAUGAGGAGUUUUACCGCUCGAUACUGUCAGGGAAACACAAAUUGUGAUGACUAGGCUGACGACGACAUUUAUACAGACACACACACUCACACAUACAGUGGGAGGAACAUAUUUUGAGAGCAGAACGCAGAACCUUGUCCCCACAUAUAAAGGAAUAGCCAUACAAAUACACAUGUGGUCAUUCUAAUGCCAACACACACAGACAUGUUUUAUUCCCAAGCUCACUUAGCUCUUAGCACGCUGCACACACACACACACACACACACACAGCACUAUUCCAAUUAUCCCUCCUGAAAUCUCCCCGGCAACUCCUCUCCCUACCUCAGCAAACACAGAGAUGCACAAACCUAGCGACCAGGGCUAUUUGGUAACUUGAGACCGCUCUUCAUCGCCACAUAAUCCCGGUGCACACAGCUCUCAAACUCCAACAGCCCACCCCCCCACGGUGUGUUCAUCACGAUCCACUGAGCCAGAUGUUAUGGGGGGGACGACGACACCACAGGUGGCUGGGAGAGGAGGGGGGUCGUCAGGACUACAGGCUGCCUGGCAUCUUGAAUGCAAAAAACUUGAAACUUACAGAAAACCACAAACUUUAUGGAUGAAGAAGAGGAAUAUGGAUUCAGAACACAUCGGAGGGACCUACAAGGACCUAAUCUCUCUCUCUCUUCUUUCUCUGAUCGCUAUUUUAGCAAUGUUUUUUUGUUUUUUUUUAACUGGAGCCUCGAUCAUUGACUUCACCUGCACAAUCCGCCAGCAGUGACAAACCUGUGACAACCACACCUUUAUCUGAAAUGACCCCGUCUGGUCUCCUCCUCUUCAUUUCCAGUUUGCACUGAAAGUGAAGGAGGGACACCACGAUGAUUUGUAAAGGGAACUGAUGAACAUGUGAAGUGCAGAGGUUGAAUCAGACCAGUGGCUCCAGCUGAAGGGUUCACUAAAGUGCAAUAGGGCUCUGAGCUCCUGCAGUGCAAUAAUCAGCCGCACCACACCAGAGCUGAUAUAAAAACAAAUCUUUGCGUUUAAAUAUGUCUGCAUCACACCAAAUAUAUUUAAGUUGUAGUGUUUGUUUACAUAUUUAAGAAUAGUUUUUAGUAAUUUAUGUUGUAAAAGCUUUCUUCUCUCGUUGUCGUGACAAAUGUAUCAGGGUUUUUUUUUCUUUUUUGUAUCUCUAUCCAAAUCGGUUUCCUGCAUUUUAUAUCAGCGGCUCGAUAACACAUACGAAAAGUGAUCUGACUGAUUCAACCCUGGGCUAAACACAUGGGGCUUUCUCCACUCACAGCGCUGGUCACUGACUGGGCUGGCGUACAGCGGGAUCGUGCCGCCGUAUUGUGCAGGUUGGUCGUUUCAACGUAGACGUAUCGUACGGUGUGCGAGAAUAUUCUUCUGAAACACUCGAGUGAAGAGAGAGAAGCUCUUGUGUGUUUAUUUCAUUUUUUGUUGAAGUAUUUUCUGUUCGCUAAAGCGGGAUGUUCUGCCAGAUUCAGGAGAGCCGAACGAUCCAAAGAUUCAAGGGCAGGGAGGAGGGACACUGUAUGGAAAUAGAAGAAGAGGUAAAAUGUGCUUCGUCAGCGAUUUAUGUCUUUUGUCAUCGGAGGUCGCAGCAGCAUGAAUGAGCUUCAUCGACCACAAGCAGAGCACUGUGCCUUACUGUGAGUUCACCUCCCAGAUUCACAGGCCCUGCCCCACACAUAGUGUCUCAUAUGGUUCCCUGCGCUGGACCUGGACCUUCCCUCUUCUCCUUCAGCCUCUAUCCUCCAUGAUCUUAUUAGUUUUUAGACAUUUCGUGUCGUAGGGGGAUAUCAUUCACCCACGUUACCGUUUGCUCAGCACCUUUUACUUUAGGCCUUUAUCGUCUUUCUGCCAACCCCCUCCGUCCUCUCUUCCCUCCUUCUCUCCCUCUACCACCCGAAGAGAUGUAGAGCCACAGUCGGAGGAUCCAGCUGAGGAUCAGGUGCCUGACCCCUGGUUGGAUCCUCUGCCUCGUCUGGAUUCUUAUUCUCUGCCACAUCUGCUUCAGACAAAAGUUAAAAACAGUAGUUGAAUAGAUUUAAAAUAUUGUCUUUCUGUAAGAGUCCCACAUCUUAGUCAGUGGCCGUAAAGCGAGGCAGGUCGCUGCCAACAUUUAACGUCUGGCUCUAAUUCCUCGUACGUUUUACUCUGGAAGUGCUUUUGGACUCUCAGUUUGUUUCCAUGGCUUUAUUUUGAUUACUUUCUUUGCACUGACUGACACAGUCGACCUUGAUGGCUGCUGACGCUGUUUAUCAAAGUUGCUGUCACUCCUCAUCUCCCAGGUAUUUUUGGGCGGGGAGGAAAUAGACCAACGAAGCCAUUUGACAGAAAUUGAGAAUCAUCCCAGCUUCCUCUGUAGUCUUAGUUCUGAGUCCCUCUCUCACACGUUCUUUGAUGAUGAGUGUGAAAUGUUCUCAUGAAUGUCUGAAAAGCAAAAAUGAGUGACCAAUGAUGAUGAUGAUAAUUUUUGUAAAGUGUAAUUUACGAAGGGAACGCAGUUUGGCUGUUAUGAUGCUUCUGAUCGAGGGGUUGCGCUUGUCGAACCCUGACCACCAGGGGGCGCGUGACUACACAGCCUCAUAGACGAGCACUCUGAAUAAGAAUUUUCCUUUUCUUUGUGUUGUUUUUUUUAUGAGUUUAAAUUAUUAUUUUUGUGAAACUGUUGAUUACACAUUUGAUUGUUUCACUGGUAUUUGUGUUCUUUCUUUUCUUUGUGGAAAUUGCAGCUUUUUUGCGGCUUUGGUAUAAAAAGGGGGAGUGAGUGGAAGACAAUCAAACAGUUGAUUUCUUUUUUUUGUUUAUUCUAAAUAUUUGGCACAUGGAACCAGUCAGGACUCUUUCCUUUCUAGAUGAGUUUGGCCUGGAGCCUGUUUACCAUUUCCCAGAUGCUGUAGGUCAACGCAGGAAAGGGCUCUCAGUGAGUGAAGGGUCUGUGGGACAUGCUGCGUUGAGUUUUUGAUUCCCCUGUUUCACCAGAUGGGGGCACUGUGACUUCCCUCAUACUUUUAGUGAAGUUGAAGAGAAGCCAUCGUGUUAUCAUGCAGCCAUUGGAUAAACUAUCAAAUUACACUGUAACAGAAAAUAAAUGUGUUUUAUUUAAAUGAAAAUCUAAAAUGUAUUUCCAAAAUGUGGAUUUACUUUCACUGUCAAUCGUUUUCCAAAUUUAGAACUUAGUCUUUUUGUUAUGUUUCAGUUGGACUGUACAUAUCACCAAUCUUAAAAGUCUUUUCUUUUACAUUUUUGAUUCAAGAGUUUGUCAAACAAAUAACUAUCGCCCAGCUUCUUUGUACAUUUACUUUAUUCACAUUAUGAAUCGACAGAUGAAAAAACAAUUUCAUGACCGCCCCCAAAAACCCUGAGCUAGUGCGUUGUGUCACUCCGUGGUGAUUGAAGUGUGUGUGUUGAUGUUCUGGUUUAUUCAGUUAAGCUCUAGUGAAAGUGAAAAUAUUUUUCAGGCGUCUCAUACUGAGAUCAGUGAAGAGAAGUCUCGAGAUGAAAACAAUGACUUGUGAGGUUCAGGAUUAUUAUGUGAGGGUCAUUACACUGCAGACAGGCCACCGAUCACAACCCCUAAAUGAGGACUUUGUGUCCAAGUGUCUCUCUGGUCUCCUCAUGUCUCCGAACGACAUCACUCAACCUGCUUAUUGCGCUUUUUGUCUUUUUCUUGCUGUCGUGUUCCUCAGAAAAAAGUGCUAGAGAAGGAAACUGGUUUGUACAUGUCUGCGUGUGUGUGUGUGUGUCUGUGUGAGCGUGUGUGUGUGUGUGUGUAUAUAGGGGAGGUCUGUGAGGUGAGUGUGAGACACACACACUGAUGUCCUCUUGUCCACAUAAGGCGAGCUGUAUACGUCGUGCAUUUGAAGAAGAUGAGAUAAAAGCCCUGCUGCAAAUGGAAAAUCAUUAUUAAUAAAAACUAUUUAAAUUGU